AAAACAAGAGUGAGAAAAAAAAAAUAUAUAUAUAUAUAGGUUUCGAGAAGAACAAGAAGAAGAAGAAGAAGAGGGGAAACAUAUUUUUCUUCUGCGGAGUAUUUCAUUUUCAUUUCCUAGUUUCAGGGUUUUUUGUGGAGGACUUUUCAACGGUAUAGACAGCUUUUGUUUCUGUCAAAAAAAUGGAUGCUAAACCUAAGAGGAGGACUGUCACAGAAAAUGGGGAUACAGGAGAUGACUUGGUCCUUGCAACUUUGAUUGGGAAUGGGGAUGAUGUGGGACCUCUUGUCAGGCAUGCAUUUGAGAUGGGGCGGCCUGAAGUGCUCCUGCACCAGCUAAAGUCAGUUGUGAAGAAGAAAGAAGUUGAAAUCGAGGAGCUCUGCAAGACCCAUUAUGAGGAAUUCAUUCUUGCUGUUGAUGAACUUCGUGGUGUGCUGGUUGAUGCCGAAGAGCUGAAAGGUGAGCUCUCGAAUGAUAAUUUCAAAUUGCAAGAGGUUGGCAGUGCUCUUUUGAUCAAACUUGAGGAGCUUCUUGAAUCUUAUUCAAUCAAAAAGAAUGUGACUGGAGCUAUCAAAAUGGCUAAGAUCUGUGUACAGUUGUUGGACCUUUGUGUCAAAAGUAACAAUCAUAUUUCUGACGGCCAGUUUUACCCUGCAUUAAAAACUGUGGAUUUGAUUGAAAAGAAUUAUUUGCAGAGUAUCCCUGUCAAGGCACUAAGAAUGGUGAUAGAGAAAAGAAUUCCAGUGAUAAAAUUGCACAUUGAAAAAAAAGUUACUAGUCAAUUUAAUGAAUGGUUGGUUCAUGUAAGGAGUUCGGCAAAGGAUAUUGGACAGACAGCAAUAGGUCAUGCUGCAUCAGCUCGCCAGAGGGAUGAAGAAAUGCUGGAACGCCAGAGGAAGGCAGAGGAACAGAGUGUUUCUGGUUUAGGAGAUUUUGCAUAUACAUUAGAGGUUGAAGAAAUUGAUGAAGAUUCUGUUUUGAAGUUUGAUUUGACACCUCUGUACCGAGCAUAUCACAUCCACUCUUGCCUGGGACUCCAAGGGCAGUUUCAUGACUAUUACUACAAGAAUCGAUUCUUGCAGCUCAGUUCAGACUUGCAAAUAUCUACAGCACAACCUUUUGUUGAAUCUUAUCAGACAUUUUUGGCUCAAAUUGCUGGUUACUUUAUAGUGGAGGAUCGGGUCCUGAGGACUGCUGGGGGGCUAUUGUCAGCUGAUCAGGUUGAGACAAUGUGGGAAACUGCUUUAGCGAAAAUGACAUCAGUUUUAGAGGAACAGUUCUCUCAUAUGGAUUCUGCAACCCACCUUCUGCUUGUGAAGGAUUAUGUCACUCUUCUUGGCUCUACUCUUAGACAAUAUGGUUAUCAAGUGGGUCCACUUCUUGAGGUGCUUGACAAGAGCCGGGACAAAUUCCAUGGGCUUCUUUUGGAUGAGUGUCGACAACAAAUUGUUGACGUUAUUGCAAAUGACACUUACGAGCAGAUGGUAAUGAAAAGGGAUACUGACUAUGAGAAUAAUGUCUUGUCAUUUGGUCUGCAGAUCUCAGACAUAAUGCCAGCUUUUCCAUAUAUUGCACCAUUCUCCUCCAUGGUACCUGAUGCGUGUCGCAUUGUCAGAUCAUUUGUUAAAGGGUCUGUUGAUUACCUGUCUCAUGGUGUGCAUUCUAAUUUUUAUGAUGUUGUGAGAAAGUAUUUGGACAAACUUCUGAUUGAUGUAUUAAAUGAAGCAAUACUUAAUACAAUUAGUGGUGGCAACAUUGGCGUGUCUCAAGCCAUGCAGAUUGCUGCAAACAUAUCUGUUCUUGAAAGAGCAUGUGAUUUUUUUCUUAGACAUGCAGCCCAACUAUGUGGGAUCCCGGUCCGAUCAGUUGAGAGGCCUCAAGCUAGUUUAACUGCCAAGGUGGUUCUGAAAACCUCAAGGGAUGAAGCCUAUCUUUCUCUGCUGAAUCUGAUGAACACCAAGUUAGAUGAGUUCAUGAUGCUAACUGAAAAUAUUACUUGGAAUUCAGAGGAAAUACCUCAGAAUGGGAAUGAGAAUAUUAAUGAAGUAAUCAUUUAUAUUGAUACUCUUAUGUCCACAGCACAGCAAAUUUUACCCAUGGAUGCUCUGCAUAAGGUUGGUAGUGGAGCUCUUGAACAUAUUUCCAACUCAAUAGUGUCAGCUUUUCUGAGUGAUAGUGUCAGGAGGUUCAAUGCUAAUGCUGUUAUGAGUAUUAACAAUUAUCUAAAGAUGCUGGAGUCUUUUGCAGAUGAGAGGUUUCUUAGCACUGGCUUGAGUGAAAUAUAUAAGGAUGGUAGUUUUAGAGGCUGUUUAAUAGAAGCACGGCAAUUGAUAAACCUUUUGAUGAGCAGCCAGCCUGAGAACUUCAUGAAUCCAGUGAUAAGGGAGAAACACUACAAUGCUCUGGAUUAUAAGAAGGUGGCCACUAUCUGUGAGAAAUUCAAAGAUCCUUCUGAUGGGAUCUUUGGAAGCCUUUCAAGCAGAAAUACAAAGCAAAGUGCUCGAAAGAGGUCAAUGGACACGCUGAAGAAAAGACUGAAGGACUUCAACUGAUAAUGCUUGCAUUACAUAUUUGCCUCAGAAUUGGGAGUGUAUUUUUUUUUUUUUUUUUUCCAUUAUCUGUGCUGAAUAUAUAAUUUUUUAUUAUCCUUGCUGAUCUUCAGAAUGGGUAGGAUUCUUUAUAUUGCUUUGUGAUUUAUAUUCAUAAAUAAAAAACUUCACAUUU